GUUUGUCAAACCUAUCUGUUUCCAAAAGCUAAUGGAACUACCUAAGUUCAGUCAAUCAUGAAGAGUCCUAUUUUCAUCCUGGAAGACAGUUCCCGCCCGCAUAAAGAAAAUAAUGUCCCGACAAAAUCAGUCCACACCUUCGACGAAGCUGUUACUGAAUGUGGUGUUGGAAAAUUUCACUACUUCACGUUCGUUGCCUGCGGAUUCUGCUUUGUGGAAAUAGUGUUAGCAAUCUAUUCAACACAACUUUACAUCAUGUUCACGAAGUGCGACCUCCAGAUAACCAUACAUGAAGAAGGAAUUGUUACAUCUGCAACAUUAAUGGGAAUAAUCGCGAGUUCGCAUGCUUGGGGUUUCAUAUCAGACAAGUGGGGACGAAUAAAAGUUAUCCGAAUCUCUAUACCAGGAACUGUUAUAUUUAUCAUAUUAUCUGCACUGGCAUCAACUACCCCCAUGUUAAUUACCUGCAGAUUUUUAGUGGGUGUUUUAAUUGGUGGAUGUCAGGCAUCAGUUUUCAGUUACUUUGGAGAAUUUUUUAAUUCCGAGGUUAGACCUCGAAGCGUGGCACGUACAUCAAUGUUUUUUGCAUUCGGGUCAUUGUUGGCACCAGUCUUAGCCAUCACCUUCCUUCCUUUCAAGUUCGACUGGACGAUUUACGGAUAUCCUUUUUCAUCAUGGAGACUAGUUGAAAUGACUUGCGCCCUUCCCGGGAUAUGUGUUCUGGUAGUUCUUCCAUAUAUGCCAGAAAGUCCAAAAUUUUUAUUAUCCAAAGGUGACAAUGAAGGUUCUCUAAAGGUCCUACGGUACAUUUAUUUCAUAAACACUGGAAAAUCAAGAGAGGAAUAUCCCGUUGAAAAGUUAUAUGAAGAUGACGACAAUUUGAAGGAAUCCGAUGUACCCAGCAAUCCACUUUCACUUCUUUGGAAUCAAACAAUCCAAAUGUUUUUAAAAUCUCGUCUCUGGGUUUCACUAAAUCUUUUGUCGAAUUUUUUCUUCAGUUACGCAGUUUGGAAUGGUUUACACGCAUGGUAUCCGGAGAUACUUACUUUAACGUCAAAACUCAGAGAAACUGGUAUGACCGUAUGCGAGAUAAUUCAAAACGAGCUAAAAACGACACCCAAUAUGACUGGCCCCUCACAUAGUCAUCUUGGAUGUGCAACGGAAAUUGACAACACCAUCUACCACGUUGUGAUUGUAAUAGGGCUGGUGAACGCAGUGGUCUAUAUGAUCUCCGGGUAUGUGGUCAAGCUGUUUCGAAAGAAGCAUCUAAUAGCAUUCUGGCUCCUGUUCAGUGGACUAAGCACGGUCCUGAUUACCUGGUGCCGUAAUUUCUACCUGACAAACUUCCUAUUCCUGAAUGUUAAUAUGAUAGCAGUGAAUGCAGGGCUAGUCAUAGCGAUAGCAGUAAGUUUCUAUCCAACGAGUAUCAGUGCAACGGCCGUGUGUCUUAUAAUGAUGUUUGGCAGCCUAGGCCAAGUUGUUGGAGUGAACAUAAUUGGCUUCUUCCUUCCCAGAAAUUGCGAAUUCAUAUUUUAUGGUUCAGGAACUUUUUUAUGCUGUUUAGCGUUGCUUUCCUUUCUGUUGCCUAGCGAUCAAAGUGAAAGAAACGGAUCUAUAGACCACUCAAUACCUAAAAAUAGUACUAGUGGAAAAAGUCAUGUCUCGACAAAGUCAGUCCACACCUUCGACGAAGCUGUUACUGAAUGUGGUGUUGGAAAAUUUCACUACUUCACGUUUGUGGUCUGUGGACUCUGCCUUAUGGAAAUAGUGUUAGCAAUCUAUUCAACACAACUUUACAUCAUGUUCACGAAGUGCGACCUCCAAAUAACCAUGCAUGAAGAAGGAAUUGUUACAUCUGCAACAUUAAUGGGAAUAAUCGCGAGUUCGCAUGCUUGGGGUUUCAUAUCAGACAAGUGGGGACGAAUAAAAGUUAUCCGGAUCUCUAUACCAGGGACUGUUAUAUUCAUCAUAUUAUCUGCACUGGCAUCAACUACCCCCAUGUUAAUUACCUGCAGAUUUUUAGUGGGUGUCUUAAUUGGUGGAUGUCAGGCAUCAGUUUUCAGUUACUUUGGAGAAUUUUUUAAUUCCGAGAUUAGACCCCGAAGCGUGGCACGAACAUCAAUGUUUUUUGCACUCGGGUCAUUAUUGGCACCAGUCUUAUCCAUCACCUUCCUUCCUUUCAAGUUCGACUGGACGAUUUACGGACAUCCUUUCUCAUCAUGGAGACUGGUUGAAAUGACUUGCGCGCUUCCUGGAAUAUGUGUUCUGGUAGUUCUUCCAUUUAUGCCAGAAAGUCCAAAAUUUUUAUUAUCCAAAGGUGACAAUGAAGGUUCUUUAAAAGUUCUGCGGUAUAUUUAUUACAUAAACACUGGAAAAUCAAAAGAUGAAUAUCCUGUGGAAAAAUUAUAUGAAGAUAGUGCCAAUUUAAAGGAAUCUGAUGAACCUCGUAACCCAUUUUUACUUCUUUGGAAUCAAACAAUCCAAAUGUUUUUAAAAUCUCGUGUCUGGGUUUCGCUGAACCUUUUGACGAAUAUAUUUGUUAGCUACGCAGUUUGGAAUGGUUUACACGCGUGGUAUCCGGAGAUACUUACUUUAACGUCAAAACUCAGAGAAACUGGUAUGACCGUAUGCGAGAUAGUUCAAAACGAGCUAAAAACCACACCCAAUAUGACUGGCCCCCCACAUGGUGAUCUUGGAUGUGCAACGAAAAUUGACAACACCAUCUACCACGUUGUGAUUGUAAUAGGGCUGGUGAACGCAGUGGUCUAUAUGAUCUCCGGGUAUGUGGUCAAGCUGUUUCGAAAGAAGCAUCUAAUAGCAUUCUGGCUUCUGUUCAGUGGACUAAGCACGGUCCUGAUUACAUGGUGCCGUCAUUUCUACCUGACAAACUUUCUAUUCCUGAAUGUUAAUAUGAUAGCAGUGAAUGUGGGACUUAUAGUAGCGAUUGCAGUAAGUUACUUUCCAACGAGUAUCAGUGCAACGACCGUGUGUCUUACAAUGAUGUCUGGCCGAAUAGGUCAAGUUGUUGGAGUAAACGUAAUUGGCUUCAUCCUCCCCAGAAAUUGCGAACUUAUAUUUUAUGGAUCAGGAACUGUUCUAUGCUGUUUUGCAUUACUUUCCCUUCUAUUGCCCAGCGAUCAAAGUGAAAGAAACGGAUCUGUAGAUCACUCAAUACCUAAAAGUAGCACUAGUGGAAGUAAUAGUGAUAUAAAUCCAGUCAAUACUGUAAAAGUUUAA